AUGCCCGCCGCCACAUCCGAUUCCGCCACUGAUUCCCCCUCCCCCGCCUCCCUCUCUCCAUUCCUCUCCCCCGCCCAUCCCUCCCCCCACGCCACAUCCCCCCCUUCCCACGGCUCCCCUUCUCCCAUCAAAGCCAAAUUAUCUUCUAAAAACGCAUCAAAGCCGUCCGCUAAACCCGACUCCGCCAAGCCAUCCGCGCAGCCGUCCGCGCAGCCCUCCGCCAAGGCGUCCGCGGGGUCCCCCCGCGAGCGCGCGCGCGCCAGCAGCUCCCUGCACCGCAAGCUGUCGCGCACGAGCAGCGGAGGAGGCGGGGCGGACGUAGGGGAUGGGGGGGGUAGUGCUGUGGGAGUGGGGGGUACUACUGGGGGAGGCGGCACUGGGACAGGCGGUUCUGGUGAAAGCGGUGAUGGGUCGGCUGGGGAUGGGGGCAGCCCGGACCUUUGCUUCGCGAACAGCACUGGUGGUUACCGUAACAGCGGCAGUAUUCAACCCAAUAGUGGUGGUAACCGCAACAGCGGCAGUGGGGUUGCUGAUGCCCCCAUGACCUCACACAAGGCGGAGAAGGUGGAGAAGGCAGAUAAGACAGACAAGUCAGACAGACCAAAGAGCUCUUCAGGAAAGUCAGGGGAUUUGGACAAGUCAACGAAGUCAGACAAGUCAACCAAGGCAGAUAGGCCACAGGAAUCAGGCGAGUCAGCCAGAGGUGAUAAAUCCCGGGCGCUUCUGCGAGCUGCCUCGCAGGGGAGGGAGAUUGACCGAGCGAGACUGGGCUGUAGCAGCCCUGAAGCGAAGCUGGGGGGGAGGAGCCAUACGGAAGGCAGGGAGGAGACGAAGGAGAGGAUGAUGAGAGAGAGGAAGAAGGGAAGGGGGGGGAGUAUAGGCGGGGGUGCUGAUUUGGGGGGAUUCGGCCCUGAAGCGAAGCUGGGGAGAAGGAGCCAUACAGAAGGGAGGGAGGGGAUGGGUGAGAGGGUGAAGGGGAGGAUGAGAGAGAGGAGGGGGAGUGUGAGUGAUGUUGACGGUUUGGGUGGAUUUGGCGGUGAGGCGAGCCUUGGGGGGAGGAGUCAAACGGAGGGGAGGGAUGAGAAUUUUGAGAGGGCGAAGGAGAGGAGGAGGGAGAAAGAGAGAGAGAGGGAGAAAGGAGGCGUGCAGGGUGUUGGGUCACCCGGACAUCCCAAGCAGAAGCACCGACCUCCGAUGAGUUCUGCCCAUACCCACGAGCAUGUCCCUCCACAUGAGCAUGAACUUCAAACUCAUCAGCAGCAGCAGUCGGGACAUCAGCAGGCUGAGGUCAAGAGUGGUGAUCAAGAACAGGAGGAGGGGCAGGAUGCGCCUCCCUCAAAUGCGCCUUCCUCAGAUGCACCCUGCAAGGACUGGUCCCGCAGCAUCAGCCUGGCCCAUACUCUUAGCAACCCCCAUAGCAACCCAGCUCCUUCCCAUGCCUCUGCUUCUCACUCCGCUGAGGCUGCUGCUUCUGCUGCUGAUGCUGCUGAUGGUGAUGACGAUGGUGAUGGUGCCGAUUCUGGCUUCACCUGUUUCGAUCCUUCCUUUGACGGCAUGCUUGCUUCUCAUGCUGCCGAUUCUUCCAGCUUCGGGGAUCGGUCGGACCUUGCUUCCGAACCUCUCUCCAGCUUCCGGCUCGGCCCUGCUGACCCAGACCUUGCGAGCCCCAGGUUUGGUCCGGUGAAGAAAAAGGAGCGUUUCUCCGGAGCUGGGCAGCAGGUUCGGCAGGAUGACUCGGAGUUGGGUAGCUCAGAGUCUCUUAGCAUGCAGCGGCAGCAGGAGGAAGAGGAGAAACUCGUGCGGGGAAGCAUGGGCGAAGGUCCUGGUAGAGAGGGAGUUAGAGCGGUUGGAGGGGGUGCAGGGGGUGACGCUGGGGUGCAGGGCAAGGGAGGGGAGGCGGAUCGCAACAGGAGCCCUCUGAGGAGGUUUCUCGGCGCCUUGUCUCUUGAUAUAUCCGCUGCCGACGUGCCUGUUGUUGCUGCUGCCCCUGCCGCAUUUGGCGGCCUUUAUGCUAGUGGAUUCCCUGCUGCUAGCGCUUUACCCACUAGCAUUGUUUCAAAAGCAGAGGGUCGCAAGCAGGCAAUUCUGGGAGAGGGGUCGGGAGGAGGGGGUGGAGGGAAGAAGGGAGGCACGUGGAAGCCAAGGCUUCCAGACGUAAAGGAGGUGGAGCAGCCGAACAAGACCCUAGCGGGUUCAUUGUCGUUCCAUGCGGACAGGCGUAGGGCUUUGUCUGAUCAGCUUUCUUUGUGGAUCAAGUGA